CGCCUCCCUGAGCUGAGGCGUUACGGCGUCCUUCUCACAGAAACAGCGCGGCGCUGUGAGGCGCUCACACGUGCUCGAGAACAUCAUGUAGUCGCCGUACCACGCCGCCACUAACGCCAGCUUUUCACUCGACCAGUUUCAGCCGUUGGCUGCCGAGCGCCGACCACAGAAGGGCCGGAAAAGAUGAGCGCCACGGCAGGGGAGAAGCAGACAAGGAGUUCGGAAGACGCAGCCGGUCGCCGGCAGCUCUUGACGGCUUUGCUCCCUCUGACCUGAGACGCCGAGAGCCGCCGCGCCUCCUCCUUCAUGCAGUGGAUGAGCACCUCGGCCACAAACCAAUAACCACACCGGAGACCUUCGCACCCUGCCGGGGGGCACCUGAGACGAAACAAUGGCGAGCCAGGGUGACUGCUCCGUGAAGGUUGCGUUGAGGAUACGUCCUCAGAUGGCCAAGGAGAAGAUCGAGGGCUGCCACAUGUGCACGCUGGUCACGCCCGGAGAGCCGCAAGUCCUCUUGGGAAAGGACAAGGCCUUCACCUACGACUUUGUUUUUGACGUGGACUCUGAGCAGCAAAACAUAUACCAAGCGUGUGUGCACAAGCUGAUCGAGGGCUGCUUCGAGGGCUACAAUGCCACCGUGUUUGCCUACGGCCAGACAGGCUCAGGAAAGACCUACACUAUGGGCACCGGCUUCGAUGUGAGCCUGAGCCCCCUGGAGCAGGGCAUUAUCCCGCGUGCUGUCCACCAGCUCUUCCAGGGCAUCGAGAGCAGGAGGGAGCGCUCCAACGAGGCCGGCACCCCGCCCCCUGAAUUUAAGGUCACCGCCCAGUUUCUUGAGCUUUACAACGAGGAAAUUCUGGACUUGUUCGAUGGGACUCGGGACCUGGAGAGCCGAAGCAGGAAGUCCAACAUCAAAAUCCAUGAAGAUGCCAGCGGGAGCAUCUACACCACUGGGGUCACUUCUAGACUCGUACACACCGAGGAAGAGCUGCUGCAGUGUCUGAAACUCGGCGCACUGUCCCGCACCACCGCCAGCACGCAGAUGAACGCCCAAAGCUCGCGCUCGCAUGCCAUCUUUACCAUUUAUCUCUGCCAGAUGAGAGUCUGCCAACCCGUACAAACGCCCAAUGGAGAGGAGGACCCUGGUGAAUUAAAUGGCGUGGCGUCAUCCGCCAUCGAACAACCCGAGUUCGAAGCUCUGAUGGCCAAGUUCCACUUUGUGGACCUGGCCGGUUCCGAGAGGCUCAAACGCACCGGAGCUACAGGAGAGCGAGCCCGCGAGGGAAUCUCCAUUAACUGUGGACUGUUGGCCCUGGGGAAUGUCAUCAGUGCUUUAGGAGAUCAGACCAAGAAAGCGGGCCACGUUCCCUACCGAGAUUCCAAGCUCACUCGGCUACUGCAGGACUCGUUAGGAGGCAACAGCCGUACAGUGAUGAUUGCUUGCGUCAGUCCGUCUGACCGUGACUUCAUGGAGACCCUGAACACGCUGAAGUACGCCAACCGGGCACGGAACAUCAAGAACAAGGUUGUGGUGAACCAGGACAAGACCAGCCAGCAGAUCAGUGCCCUGCGUGCAGAGAUAGCCCGCCUCCAGUUGGAGCUGAUGGAGUACAAGGCGGGGAAGCGAGUUGCGUGCGAGGAAGGCUCGGAGGGUUACAGCGACCUCUACCAGGAGAACGCCAUGUUCCAAAGAGAGAACGACACGCUGCGCCUCAGGGUGAAGGCCAUGCAGGAGACCAUCGACCACCUCAACACGCGAGUAACGCACCUGUUGGCCAACGAGUAUUUUUGUUCAGUUGGACUCAAACAUGCUCCAUCAACUCCAGGUGAGGGCAACCAGGAGAUUGGAGCUCUAAUUCAGAACUACAUCCGAGAAGUCGAAGAGCUCAGAUCUAAACUAGUGGAGAGCGAGGCCAUGAACGAAUCUCUGCGACGUCAGGCUGCACGGCUGUCCUCCCGUACCGCCUUACCUUCCAGCGCUCUCAGCCCUGCCACCGGCCACCCGCCUGGCUCCUCGCCCGCGCCUAUGUCCAUGGAGGCCGAGAUGACGGACGUGUUGCGCCGAGCCAAGGUGGACAUCGAUAGGCUGAAGAAGAAGGAGAGGAGGCAGAGGAGGAUGAGUCCAGAGUUGGAGAAAGGACUAAAAAAACGAGUGAAGUUGCACACCCACGAGAACGGAGACGGCGGACAAAACGGACAGAAUGGAGUGGUCGAUUCGGAUGACAAUUACACCGAGGACAUCAUGUCUCCGCUGCAGGAAGAGAGCGGCUGCGAUGAGGAGGAGGAGGAGGAAGAAGAAGAAGGGCGAGAGGAAGAUGAAGAGUUCGACAGCGAUGAGAGCCUGGUGGACUCAGACUCUGACACUGACGAGAAAGCCAACUUCCAGGCUGAUCUUGCUGAUCUGACGUGCGAAAUCGAGAUCAAGCAGAAGUUAAUAGAUGAGCUGGAGAACAGCCAGCGGAGGCUCCUGAUGCUGAAACUCCAGUACGAGGAAAAGCUCAUCCUGCUGCAAAAUAAAAUCCGAGACACCCAGCUGGAGAGGGACCGGGUACUGCAGAACCUCAGUGAGUCCACUCAUCCACUGACCGACAGUAAGAGAACCUUAACGUCACUACACGACUCCACAGUGUCCAUGGAGAACUACACAGAGGAGAAGGCUAAUCGCAUCAAGCAGGAGUAUGAGAAACGACUGAAGGAGAUGAACCGCGACCUUCUCAAGCUCCAAACUGCGCAGAAAGAACAUGCGCGGCUCCUUAAAAACCAGAGCCGCUACGAACGGGAGCUGAAGAAACUCCAGACCGAGGUGAACGAGAUGAAGAAAACCAAGGUGGUGCUGAUGAAGCAAAUGAAGGAGGAGCAGCAGAGGAGGAGGUUGGUGGAGGCUAAGAGGAAUCGUGAGAUCGCCCAGCUCAAGAAAGAGCAGCGACGACAAGAGUUUCAGAUCCGAGCCCUGGAGUCUCAGAAGCGGCAGCAGGAGCUGGUGCUCCGCAGGAAAACCCAGGAGGUGACCGCCCUACGCAGGCUGGCCAAGCCCAUGUCGGACCGCGUGGCCGGACGCGUGGCCCGCUGGAACCAGAUACCGCCGGUUACCGACUCUGGGGCGGAGUUGUCCGCCAGCACCACGGCCAGUAGCUCCGAGCCUGAGAGCGGGAGGUCUGUGAGCGGAUUAGUACGGCAGUGGAACAACAAGAACAACAUGUACGGGUAUCUGGGGGAAAGCGAGGGCAGCAUGGAUGGAACACGGGUCAUAGGAAGCAGGAAGAAGCUGCAGCGUAAGCCGGCGGGUCCCGGUGCCCCUGCAGCCGCUGGGCGGGCCGGAAGCUUCUCCAAGGCAGCCCGGCAGAAGUGGCAAUCUCUGGAGCGUCGCAUCAUGGACAUCGUCAUGCAAAGAAUGACCAUCUCCAACGUGGAGGCCGACAUGGACCGACUCCUUAAGAAGCGAGAGGAGCUCACAGCCCAGGAGGAGGCGCUCUCACACAAGCGAGAGGUGCUAAUGGCAGAUGGCGAGGGCCCAGAAGCAGAGGACCGCCUCCUUGUGGAGAUCAAUGAGGACCUGGAGGUGCUAAACGCCAACAUCGACUACAUCAACGACAGCCUGUCUGACUGCCAGGCCACCAUUGUGCAGAUCGAGGAGACCAAGGAUGAGUUGGACUCCGUGGACACCUCGGUAGUGAUCAGCUCGUGUUCGCUGGCUGAAGCACGCCACCUGCUGGACCAUUUUCUCAAGGCCUCCAUUGACAAGAGUUUACACGUGGCCCAGAAGGAGGCUCAGAUCAGACUGCUGGAGGGUCAGCUGAGACACACCGAUGUGAUUGGUUCAUCCCAAAACCACAUGAUACUCGACGCCCUGCGGGAAAAGGCAGAGUACAUCCCUGAACUCCAGGCUCUCAUUCACAAUGUGCAGCAGGAGAACGGCUACACCAGCACAGAUGAGGAACCGUCUGAGUUUAGCCAAGCCUCAGAAAAUAGUGUGUCUCUAAUGAAGGAAUCCAACAGCCAAGAUGAUUUCAAAUUAAAGACGGAGCCUCGUCUGUCAGCUCAGAUAAAGGCGGUGUCGGCUGAGUAUCUGGGUCCCAUCCUGGAGCCCCAGUCGUGCGGCAAGCAUCACCAGAUCACCAAGUCUCUGGCAUCACUCACUGACAUCCAGGAGGACGGUCUCAGCAUGGGCACGGCCAGCCUGGGUCUGUCCCUGCGCGACUCCUUCCACAGGGAACGUGCGUCACGCACCAUCAGCUUGCCUAUCCGGGGACACACCUUCCCCAGGCAGUCUCGAGGCUACGACACCUCCCCCAUCACGAGAAGGAAGUCUUACGACCGUUCAUACAGACCCUCUGAUGGCUACACACCUCCCUCUUCUCCUCCUCUGAGGACCAGGAACGACCGCAAUGUGUUCUCAAGGCUUACGAGCAACCAAAGCCAAGGUUCUGCUCUGGACAAGUCUGACGACAGCGACUCCUCGCUCUCAGAGGUGCUCAGGGGUGUGAUCAAUCCCAUCGGAGGUGUCAAGGGGGGUCGGACAGCACCCCUGCAGUGCAUGUCUGUAGCCGAGGGCCACUCCAAGCCGGUACUGUGUGUGGACGCCACAGAUGAGCUGCUGUUUACUGGAUCUAAAGAUCGCACAUGUAAGAUGUGGAACCUGGUGACCGGUCAGGAGAUCGUCACGCUCAAAGGCCACCCUAACAAUGUGGUUUCGGUCAAAUACUGUCCCUCCUCUGGUUUGGUUUUCUCCGUCUCCACGUCCUACAUCAAAGUGUGGGACAUACGAGAUGCGACCAAGUGUGUCCGAACGCUCACUUCAUCAGGGCAGGUUGUGUCAGGUGAUGCAUGUGCAGGCGCCACCACCCGAACAAUUACAUUUGCACACGGUGAGUGUCAGCUCAACCAGAUUGCACUCAACCCAUCUGGAUCGGUGUUGUACGCUGCUGCGGGGAACACUGUUCGCAUCUGGGACCUCAACAGGAUGCAAGCAAUGGGCAAGUUGACAGGCCACAUUGGUUCCGUCAUGUGUCUGACAGUGGGACAGUCUCUUCAGGGCAAAGACCAAGUCAUCACUGGCUCCAAAGACCACUACGUCAAGGUGUUUGACGUGGCAGAAGGAAUGCUGGGUAAUGUUGGCCCAGCUCACAACUUUGAGCCGCCACAUUACGACGGCAUCGAGUGUUUGGCAGUGCAGGGGGACGUGCUGUUCAGCGGCUCGAGAGACAACGGCAUCAAGAAGUGGGAUCUGCAGCAGCAGGAGCUCACUCAGCAAAUCCCCAUCGCCCACAAGGACUGGGUGUGCGCCCUGGCGUACGUCCCCGGCAAGCCGCUGCUGCUCAGCGCAUGUCGGGGCGGCAUGCUGAAGGUGUGGAACGUGGACAAUUUCACCCCCAUAGGGGAGGUCAAAGGCCACGACAGCCCCAUCAACGCCAUAUGUACCAACUCCAGGCAGAUUUUCACAGCAUCCAGUGACUGCCGGGUGAAGUUAUGGAACUAUGUGCCUGGCUUAACCCCCUGCCUUCCUCGUCGGGUCCUCGCCAUCAAGAGCCGAGCCACCAGCCUCCCAUGAUGACCACCUUCCCUCCUCCCUCUGCGACAAGAAGGUGAAGAUCUGGCUGUCAAAGGUGUGGAGGAAGAGAUGACGACGCGAGCGAUGGCGGUUUUUCAUGCAGCGUCAGAUGUCAGCUGUGAUUUGUGACCCACGCCGCCGCCACCCCCCAACCCCCCCCUCCACACUCCUCUUCUCGCCGCCAAGGCAAAGCUUUUUUGUCACUGUGAAAAAACGGAACAUUUCCCUAAAAGACAAUGUUUCCCUUCAGUUCCCCCCAAUGUAAUAUGAAAGUGACGCAAAUUGGACGAGGAACUUGCAUCUUCUCCUAACACACCUGAUGUCGUUUGAAGGAAAAGAUCCACAUCCUGCUCUUUCAACUGCUUUUGGACAAAAACAAAAAAAAAAGCAGAAGAACUUUGGAACUUUUUGUGUGAAAGUCAUCAAUUUCUCCAAUCAGGAUUAUUUUUAUUACCUGACAUCCUGGUUUGUUGAUUUUUCACCCGCCUUUAUUAUGACCAGCAAGAAGUUCUGACCUUCCAUUUCCCUACCUCAGUUGUUUGGAACUUGGCUCCGGCGUGGGCGAGGACAUAUUUAUGAGUCUCUUCGUGCAAAAACCUGGUGCUUGCCUCUUCUUGCUCUUCUUCGUCGUCCCUGCGGACGCAUCCGCUGGUUAUCAAGACGGUCUGGCUGCUGACCUUGUAAACGGGGAAGCAUGCAUCCAGUAGCAGGAAGGAGGUCAUGCUGUCCCUGGAGGAUCUCAGCGGAGUUCAUGUUCUUUGGCGGGAAGUACUACGGCAGCAGAAAUAGGAACCACCCCUGAAGACAACUGUGGUCAGGUGCUUUGGUAACUCCACUUUUCUAUGCUGCGUGUAAAGAGUGGCUCACACAUAAUAUACUUCAAAUACUAAAUGAACACACCUACUAGUACUCAUCUAGUCACGUUACUCGUUACUCGGAUACUACAGUGGAACCCCUAAUGUCAGUCUAGCACAGGACAUUGUUUGCAAUUUAUACAGUUUUGCGCAGGAGAAAUAACACAACAAGAAGUGCUGCAAGGACUUCUUCUUAAAACAAUUGUUUUUUUUCAAGACUUUGUUUUGGGAAAAUAUUUUAGGACAAAAGAAGACAAUAUUUUCUGGGAAAAAAAAGUUACUCAAAGGUUGGCUUUUCUUUCUUUUUUUCACAUUUUUUAUCUAAAAAAGAAAAAAUAAUCUAUUUUUAAAUAUGUUUUUUUCUUUUGUAUACAAUGUUUCUCAUUAGAAAUAAUACAACAAUUUUAAGACAAAAAAGAAGACAAUAUUUUCUGGGGGAAAAGUUACUCAAAGGUUAGCUAUUCUUUUUUUCUUUUUCUUUUUUUUGAUUAAUAUAAUUUAAAAAAUAAAAAAAUACAAAUCUUUUUAAUGGCUUGAAUUUAAACAAUUCCUUUGUCCAAUACCUAUUUUUGGACAAAAAAGAAGACAAUAGUUUUGUGAAAACAUUUUACUCAAUGGUUUUUAAAAAAAAUAUAUUUUUUCAUAUAUUAUUUAAAAAAGAAAAAUGUAUCUCUUGUAUGAUGUAUGAUGUAUAUUUCUAUUUCCAUACAAUUUUCCUUAAUAGAACAAGAAAUAUUGCAAUGACUUAAAUUUAAAAGAACCCUUUUUUAAAUACCUAUUUUUGCGGAAAUAUUUUAGGAGAGAAAAAAUUAGACAAAAUCAAUCUUUUUUAUUGUUUUAUUUUUCUUAAAUAAUUAAAAAAAAAUGCAUUGCUAUACAAUUGUCCUUAGUAGAAACAGUAGAACAAUAAAUAUUGCAAUAAGUAAUAAUAAUAAUAAUAAAACAACCACUUUUUUCCAGAUGUAAUUUUAGAAAAUUAUUUUCAGACAAAAAAGAGGUACAAUUAAUCACUUUUGGGGGAAAGAGUUAAACAAAGCUUGGCUAUUUUUGUUUUCUUUAAUCAAAUGAAUGUACUAUCUAAAAAAGACAAAAUGUAUGUUUAUUUUUUUUUUUUUCUGUAGAUUUUGUUUUUUCCAAUGUCUAUUCAAUUUUCCUUAGUAGAAAUAAUAAACACAAGAAAUGUUGUAAUGACUUGAAUUUGAAACAACCACUUUUUUUCAAUACAUUAUUUUGAGCAAAUAUUUUAGGACAAAAAGACAAAAUUAAUAUUUCUUGGGGGGAAAAAAUAAAUAACAGAAAUUUAAAAAAGCUAGUUUUUUUCUUUAAUCGAAUUAGUUUGUUAUCUAAAAAGGACAAAAUGUAAAUAUAUAUAUAUUUUGACCUAAAACAAUCCCGUUUUUUCACUUACCUAUUUUCGGCGGAAAUAUUUUAGGACAAAAAAAAGACAAUUAGAAUUUCUUGGAGGGGGAAAAAUUUUAACAAAGCUUGGCUAGUUUUUUCUUUAAUCAAAUGGAUUUAUUAUUUUAAAAAUACAAUUUGUAUCUUUUUUUUUACAUAAUAAAUUCAGUUUUGUUUUUUAAUUUGUAUGCAGUUUUCCUCAGUAGUAAUAAUGGAAAUAGAAAUACUUUCAUCACAUUUUCAGGAAAAUAUUUUAGGGGGAAAAAUGACAGUGUUUUAAAAAAAGUUACUCUAAGGCUGGGUUUUUUUUCUCUUCAAUCAAAUGAAUUUGGUAUCUACAAAAAAAGGCAGUUCUUAAUUUUUUUAUAUAUUUUUUUCUUCAGUCGAUUAAAAUAAUUGUAUAAAACAAAUGUAAUCUUUUUUUUUUUUUUUUUUAGAUAAUUUCAUUUGAUUGAAAAAAGAAAAUAAUCCAACGAUUUAGUAACUUUUCCCCGUCUUUAUUAAUCAAUUAUUUAUUUUUUAGGGCCAGUGACAACAAACAGUCCCUCGAGGAUUUUGCGAUGAUAUUGAUGAUACACAUGAUAUUGAUCACGCAAAUUCUGCAAAUUAUGCACGACCUCACAACUCUGUCCACAAAGUGUUGUUCCCAUAGUAAUGUCCUUUAGGAUCAGGGGACUCAAACUCAAUAUAUACCUGGGAGCCACUGGAUGCAGAAACUGGGUGAGGCUGGGCCGCAAGAAAAGAUUUCUUAAAAAAUCUAACAUGCAUUUUUUAAUGAAUUCACCUUCUAUGAAUGGCUUUCCCGCCCUAGCAACAUACUUGCCAACCCUCAUGAUUUUUCCGGGAGACUCCCGGAUUUCAGUGCACCAUUUUACAGAAUUUGUCCCAAUUUUUACCCGGCCGACAUUAUUAAGGGCUGCCGUGACUGCACUGCCUUCAACGUCCUCUACAACAGUGGUUCUCAACCUUUUUUCAGUGAUGUACCCCCUGUGAACAUUGAUUUAAUUCAAGUACCCCCUAAUCAGAGCAAACCAUUUUUGGUCAGAAAAAAAGAGAUAAAGAAGUAAAAUACAGCACUAUGUCAUCAGUUUCUGAUUUAUUAAAUUGUAUAACAGUGCAAAAUAUUGCUCAUUUGUAGUGGUCUUUCUUGAACUAUUUGGAAAAAAAAGAUAUAAAUAUAACUAAAAAACUUGUUGAAAAAUAAACAAGUAAUUCAAUUGUAAAUAAAGAUUUCUACACAUAGAAGUAAUCAUCAACUUAAAGUGCCCUCUUUGGGGAUUGUAAUAGAGAUCCAUCUGGAUUCCAAACAUUUCUUCACAAAAAAAGAAAUCUUUAACAUCAAUAUUUAUGGAACAUGUCCACAAAAAAUCCAGCUGUCAACACUGAAUAUUGCAUUGUUGCAUUUCUUUUCACAGUUUAUGGACAUACAUUCAUAUUUUGUUGAAGUAUUAUCCGAUAAAUAUAUGUAUUAAAUAUUUAUGAAUAGCUGCUGUUUUCUAGAAGAUUUUUAACAAAUUUCACUUGUCCCUUGGCAUACCCUCGCAUACCAUCACGUACCACCAGAGGUACGCAUACCCUCAAUAAGAGGACUACUGCUCUACAAUUUGUCAUCGUGCACGCUUUUACAUCACUCAACCAAUGUGACAGCAAUGCAUCAUGUUGUGUGAGACCUGUGCAGAACAACGUUAGUGGCUGCAAGACGUAGUUGGGCAACAGCCAUAGAGGUCACACUAAGGGUGG